AUGGAGAGCUUGAAUCCACAAGACGUCGAUCCUCCUUGCUUCGACGAGUGCUUCAAGAACAAGAGGCAGCGUAGCAUGGAACCGAAUGCCGCCAUUUCCAAGUCAUGCGAAGCCGGUGAUUCCUCCUCCGGUCAAUGGUCGGAGGAGACGAAUAUCACCACCGAUAUCAGGAUGUCUCAGGAGGAAGAAGAUAAGGGUAUGAGUUCAGGCUAUCCGUGUGAGUUGUACGGUUCCAUAUCGGUGAUCGGGCGGCGGAGAGUGAUGAAGGAUGCCGUGGCCGUCACUAAGCUCGACGGCUACCAUUUCUUUGCCGUUUACGACGGCCACGGCGGCUCUUGCGUCUCCAACGCCUGCCGUGACCGCCUGCAUCAGCUCCUCGCUCAGGAGGCGUCCUGGAUACGUGGCCUCAACGGCGCCGGAGAGGUCGACUGGGAGAAGAUCAUGACCACCUGCUUCACCAAGAUGGAUAACGAGGUCGGCGCCGCCGCCUCCGAGGCGAAGGGUUCGGUGAACACUGUGGGAACCAGCGCUGUUGUUGCUAUAGUAGGAAAGGAGGAAAUUGUGGUGGCAAACUCCGGCAACUCACGUGCCGUUCUGUGCCUCGACGGCGUUGCUGUACCUCUGUCACGUGACCACAACCCCGACCGUCCGGACGAGAAGGAAAGAGUGGAGGCAGCGGGAGGGAGAGUAAUAGACUGGAAAGGCAGCCGCGUACUGGGAGUUCUAUCGACGUCGCGGUCGAUCGGCGACCAUUACCUGAAGCCUUACGUGAUAUCGGAGCCGGAGGUGACCGUCAAUAAAAGGAACGGGUUGUGCGACUUUCUGGUGAUAGCGAGCGACGGACUUUGGGAUGUCGUAUCGAAUGAGUUUGCGUGUCAGGUUGUGAGGAGAUGCUUGGAUACACAAACCAGAAGGAGGUGUUCGGAGGGGGUGAGCGGAGGUCCGGCAGCAAAUGCCGCGGCCCUGCUGGCCCAACUGGCGCUGGCUCGAGGGAGCAAAGAUAAUAUUACAGUCAUUGUGGUUGAGCUCAGCAAGUCCAGGCGGGCCUGA